AUAUUCAAAAUCUUGUGGAUCGUUUGAAUCAAAUCUCACCAUAUCAGUUAAAGAUUAACUUGGUCGGGAACCCACUUAUCUGUAGCUGUCAUUCAUUUGAUUUCAUCGAUUGGAUGCAGAGCCACAGUAGAAACAUUGAGAAUUGGGAUGAAUUACAAUGUACAUAUUUCAAUUAUUCUAUUGUAAAUAUGCAUGCGAUAGACAUAGGCAUGAUGAAAUUGUCCUGUUGGAAAACUGUAAUACUGGCUGGAACAAUUCCGUGUGGGAUCUUGCUGUUGUUUCUUGCUGUGGUGAUACUUGCGUAUAGACGUAGGUACAAACUACAUUACUGGUACCUUCAGUUCAGAGCAAUAAUCAAGCGUAACAAUGAUGAGGAGAAUGAUUAUGACUUUGAUGCCUUCAUAAGCUACAGUUCUCUCGACAAAACGUGGGGACAGGCAACAUUGUAUGCUACUCUAGUAGGUAUUCACCACUACAGCAUAUGUAUCGAUGACCGUAACUUCAGACUAGGGGCUUAUAUCUCAGAUAUCAUCAUUGAUGCUAUCAACAGAAGCAACAAAGUCAUUCUGAUUAUAACCCAGAACUUUCUUCGUAGCAAAUGGUGCACUUAUGAACUCAACAUUGCUAGAGGAGAAUUAUCCAAUCGUGGCAGAGAUUGUAUCGUCCUUAUACUAAAGGAGCCAAUUGAUGUACUCCCUAAAGAAUUGAUCACACCAACACUUCGCUCCCUUUUAGAUACUCGUGUAUAUCUUGAGUGGAGCGAAGAUGAAGACAGGAAGGGUGUGUUUUGGAGAAAGCUUCGAGAUGCCCUUGGUGAGCCCAGACCUAGGCAAGAAGAACAAACAAAUAGUCCCUACACAAUGCCUCAGAAUGAGGAAGAUGAACAAUUAGUAGAAAACUUUAUGAGAGAAAACUCACAACUAUUAUGAAAAAUAUUUCUCUCCAAUUUGACUUCUUGCUGAUUUCCUUAUUUAAAAAUGUCAAUUCUCGAUGACUUAUUAUUUGAAUUCCUGCAUUUAUAAAAUUCUGUACAUAUCUGUAUCUGUUCUAUAUUUAGAUGUAUUUACAGGAAGAAUCAUUCAGCAUGGUGAUAAUUAGUUGUGUCAGUUAAAAGCCAAAAACAUUGUUCAAUUAACUGGACAGUUAACUGGCAGAAAGAAUUACUUGAGGAUUUCGGAAGGUUUUCGAAAAA